AUGUUUAAUAUUACGAAUCCGAAAAAUGUACAACUUGCUUCUUUACCACAAGAGAAACUGUUCGAUUAUGAAGAAGAUUUUGGUCAAAAACAAUAUCAUAAAUGUGGUCGAUUAGGAGAUAAAAUGGAGGAAAUGGAUGGAACAUUAAUAUCAACAUUUUUACAUGGAAGAACUUCAAAAGACCAAGUCCUUAGAAUUAAAUCGAAACAAUCCUUAACAUCAAAUCAAGUUCUGGAGGCGGCACAAUUACUCAUAGAUUUAAAAGUUACAUAUCUUCCUCUAGACAAGCCAUGGGCAGCUAAUAUUUUAACCCUUGAUACAGUUACUGAAGAUAAAGUUCAUAAUUUAUUUUUACGAAAACAUUAUAGAACAUUUACAGCAUUAAUUGCAAACUUUUUACCCAAAAUAGAAAAUUUGCGAACAAAAGAAAUUAGAGAAGGUAUUGUUCAAAAGCCGACAACAAUUCUAAAACAUUUCACUAUGGAAGAAAAAGUUAUCGAUGACAAAAAACAUAUUAAACUUAAUACAGUUUAA